AUGGUACAAUCAUAUAACGAACUGCAGCUUACUUCAAACCUCUGUGACCCACUGACAAGGACUGAAACAACUGCCUCUCAGACAGCUAAAGAGCAAAAUGCCCGGCCGCUGGCAGUACCCUGUCUUGCGAACCCCGGCUUGCGACGUAGUCACACAGAUUCAAGCCAUCAGCGAGUACCUGAUACAGAUUUUGAAGUAGGCCUUUUCACUCUAGGAUUCCCUUUACUGGGGCCCAUAAAUCAUUCCAACAAACCUUUAAUUCAUAUUCCGCCGCCUCCAACUUCUUCACCACCUGUGUUUCGACAGGGAAACGGAUUCGCUGGCGCCUACAAUCUGCAGUCCAGUUCCCCACAAAACUGUCAUAAAGAAAUACCCACAGAUCAGACUUGUAGGCCCUGUUUUUCAGACCAGAGGUCAGUCUGCCAGUCGCAAUUGCAGCGCGGUUGCUGUCUGGCUGCUUCGCCAAUCACCUUCGUCUCAAUAGACGGCCAUGGAUCAGCGGUUUGGCCUGCGACAACUCCUGUCACUACCAUUUCAAGUUUUCGCACCAGACCCGGAACACCAACUCUCGGAAAAGCCGCUCUGUUCGCCAAGAGCCAAAUGGCCCAUUCAGCUGGAGCCUGCUCACAACUCACUUCGCCUCAUCAGAAGCACCAUUCACCUAAGCAUUCGAACCAACAGCAGAUUCAGCCCAGCCACCUCCCAACAUCGCAACACAGCAAAAAUACUGCUAUGUUCCAAGGAAGUCCAAAUAUCAGAAUGCAAAUCGUACAGUCCCUUUCAGGAGAUAAAGUGGAUUCUCAAAGUCAUCCGGCUUAUCCAGUUAGCAAAAGUGGGUUUUACAACUCAGUUGACGAAAUUUCAUCAACUAUGUCUCAGGACGAAAAACGUCAAACAGAAAUUUUAGCCAAUUUGUGUGAAUCAGAACGAUCAUCUCAUCUUGAAAUUUCAUCUAAACAGCACCAGUUACAGCUAAUUUCACCUUCCUCUCUUUUGAAAAAAUCCCCUUGUGCAACUAUGACCACUCAAAAUGCUUCGGAUCACUUAUCUAUUAUCCAUAAACCUGGAGUUAUCAACGAAAUUAAUCAAGUAAAGAAUAUUGCGAUAUUGAAAAAUGUACAGAAGCAAGGAAAUAAAAAAGCAUUCAUGAACAUUGUACUUAACCUAAAUAAUAGUAUCCAUCAACAACAGGAUUUGCACGUAGAUACACGGCUUGGUUCUUCUAAAAAGGUCGCCUCAGCACAUGAUUAUAUGAAUAACUUAAGUUUAACUAGCGAAAAUAAUGUUAAAAAGAAAUCACAACUGCAUCUGAAUACCUAUGAACACAUUUGUAAUAUUUACGAAAACGAAAGCUGCAGGUCUGAAGUUGCUUGUUCCUCUGAAAACAUUAGGCAGGUCUUUCUGAAAAUAAUUUUUUUCAAAAAUCGAUUUGGAAUCUUUAUGGAAUUCAUUUAA